AUGCAAGGCGAUGGGGACCAGGCGAAGAUGGGAACGGAAAGAGGAGGUCAAGCGAGAGCGAACGCAAAGGACCAGGUAGGUAGGCAGGCAGAACAAUCGCCCUCAAAACACCGCGUACAGCAACACCCGCCACCUCACCCCAGCAAGCUGGCAGCAGAGCAGCCGCACACACAGGCACCGCGGCACGGGCAACAGGCAGGCUUUGCAAAGCCAACGGACCUGUCCGUGCUUAAAAUGUGCUGCAAUCACCUGAUCUACGGAUGGGCCCGAAUGCCCCUAGGUAGGGCUGCUGCGAAGGAAAAGAAGGCAGGCCACGCGCGGCCACUGGCCCCUGCUAGACAGCUGAGAUGGCGCCGCAGCCGCGGCAUCGCACCACCGCCACCCUCGGGACGCGGCAGGGUGCGGCGGCUCAGGGCAGGGCGGCAGGGCGCUGCGGGGAGCCAGGCGCAGAGGGGACGGCGCUGCCACCGCUGCCGCUUCCGCCAGCCCCAGCAGACAACCCACAUCAGCAGCAGCACGGAGGAGGGAGGGAAAGACCACGAACCACGAACGAGUGAGAAGCUGCUGCCACGGAAAGAGUGUAGAAGAGGGAGGGAGGGAAGGUAA